AUGGAAAAGGGCGGCAAGAGAAAAAUGAAGGACGACGGCUUCGGCCAGGAUGAUCACGAAGGCAACGAAAAAAAGAAAAAAAAAAGUAAAGUGGAAGCGAAACCCACAAACGAUAAGAUCCACAGUUGUCUAAACAUUCACAACAAUGUACUGAUAAAAAUGGUUAACGAGAACAAAAGAAAAUUUGAAAAAGCGGACAAUAUGGAGACUAUAUACAGAAAGAUAAAGUCAAGCAUAACUUCGCUCAACGUUUCAAGUGUGCUAAUGGAACACUACGAUUCGUUUAUUUACUACGAAAAGAACAAAAUCGAUUUCCUCCUUCCCGAGUUGGACUCCAUAAUAAAUUCCUCCAACUUAGACGUGCUCCAGGGACUGAGCGAGUUGUCCUUUUACCCAAUUUACCACGAAACGGUGAGAAACAGAAUAAUCGAAUGGCUAUUUAAAGACCGUGGGAAAAAACAAACCGACAAAGAUGACACCGAGAAUAUGAGCAUGUCUUAUUGGUUUAGCCUAAACAUCCUCCUGACGUAUCUGAUAUACAAAAAUGACGAGUACUCCAGUUAUGCUGCCCUGGUUCACCUGAAUUUGUUGCAGUGGAUGCAGCGUGACAAAAGAAGGUUACACUUCCGUCUUUUUACACUGAAAGGAAUCCUCAAGCGGUUCCUGACCUGCUCCUGCUACUUCAACGACAAAGAAAUGGCAAAACAAAAGAAGGUGGACAGCGAGGACGUGAAAAAUGAAAACGAAUGGAUUGUCCUAAAAAAUGUAUUCAUGGCUCUACACGAAAGCAUAGAAUAUUUAGACGUAAGCAACUUGGUCAACAUAAACGAUAAAAAUUGUAUUUUCGAGUUAAUCAAAUUUUUUCUAGAGUUGGUAAAAAAGCCAUUAACUCAUUGUAUCCAUAUGUUAUGUAUUAACUACCUAAUAAGUAUAGUAAGAAAAUGUUAUGACUUGAGAUUUACUUACAAAAUCAACGUGGAGCUCUAUGACAUUGGCCCGGAGGUUAAUAUCUUUGUUAAAAUAGUAAACCUAAUUUUUGCAAAGAUAUUAUUACUCUUGAAAGAGACAAGGAUCGAAGAGAGUACAUAUUGUGUGGACCACAUUAACAAUAUGAACAGUUUAAUUAUUUUAUUUUUCACAAACGUUAUAAAUAAUUGCAUUCGGGUAAUUAUUCCUCAAGUGUUGUUUAACGAGAAGCUGAAACGGGAUUACUUGUCCGCAAGGGAGGGGACUUCAGCCGUGGAGAACCAAGUGUGCUUCGAGGACCAGGUUGUGGCCAACGCAUGCAAUCCUGUGUUCUCGUUCAUAGAAAUAUUAAUCAUCAACAACCAUGACUGGAGCGAAAGGAACCUUUUCCUGGACCUAAUAAAAACGUUAGUUAAGUUGUGCAGGAAAAUUGAAAACAAAUACAACGUCCUGCGAAUCAUAUGUGAUGAGUACAUGCUGUUCGUUAAGGGGGACGACAAUAAGAAGAGUGAUGCCAGAUUUUUGGACAAGAACUAUUUAAGGGUUCGGAAAAUUAGCAGGAAGAGGAUCGACUCCAGUGCAUCGUUCACGCUGGAGGAUGAUUGCAGCUCAUCCGUGUGCUCCGAGUCGGAGGGAGAGUGCUACGAGGGGGAGGAAGUGGAAGACACAUCGGCUGAGGCAGCGAUUGAUGAGGCGGACACUGUCCAUAACACCGAUCCGGCCGACCCCACGGAUGAAAAUGGGGAAGAGCUCCUCCACGAAAGCCACAAGAACACGAAGAAAAGAACGAACAGGUGGGUAGCGAAAAAUAAGAUACAAAACAAGAGAAAGUCGACCCUUGUAGUGGAUCAGAAAAGCUACUCCAUCACUUACGAAUCGGUCAUGGUGAGGUACCUAAAUAUACUGAUAAAAUAUAUCAACUGCGAAAAGUAUCAAAUAAGGAGCAUUAUACUGGACCUAUUUUUAGCCUUGAUGAAGAAAAAAAAAACGAACAAAAAUGAGUCGAUUUUCUUGAAAUUAUUUAAAUUAUUUUUAGAGAGGUUAGAAGACCCUAACACGGUUGUGAAGGCAAAGGCACUGUCCAUUUUGGGAAUUCUAACGAAUAGAAAAUAUCAUGACAAUAAUUCACUUGUGUACAAAUUUAUAUUCAACAAAACGAAGGAGAAGAUUAAUAUGUAUAAAAUAAUUUCAACAAAUAUUUUUAGUCAUAAAAGUAAUAUACGAAAAUUGACGGUGCAAUAUAUAGAGGCCGUUUUCGAAACCCUCAUAAAGAAAAAGCUAUGUUAUAAAUUAUUUUUAAUUUUUAUUUCCAAUUAUAUGUACUGCUUAUCCCUAGACGCCAUGUCAUCUGUGAGAAGACAAAUUCUGCUCACGGUCAAUAAUUUGUUUAUCAAUGCGAGUGAACAUGUGCAUGUGGCGAAGAUGUGGCUGUCCAUUAUCUUGGGAGCCAUAACGGAUGCAGAAGAGACGGUGAAGGAUGAAGCCAUUUCACUUUUUUUAAAUACAUUUAUAAAAACUGCUUUUCAGUGCCCCAUUUUGAAAGCAAGCGAGAAAAGGAUACAAGAAGUUUUGGCCAAUAAUGAACUCACAUAUUUUAGGGCACCCCAUAAACCAUGGUCGCUGUCUUCAAGUAGGCACAACCAUCCUGGGAUUGAUGGUGAAGAGAGGGGGUCCACAUUUGACAGGGAGGCAGUAAUACCACCUGAGGGAGACUUCGAAUCUACGAAGGACAAAAACAAAAGCGAAAAGAAAGAUAACAUAGACGAGUGCGACAAGAAUAAUAACGGAGUGCUACUUCUCAUGGACAUAUGGAAGACCCACUUUGGUGAAGACGAAACGAACUAUUUUCUAACCCUGCUAAAGACGAUGACCAAGUAUGAUCUGCAGAACUUUAACCUAAUCAUUUUUUGCCUCAAGCGAAAGAAGAAUAACAGCCUCGAAGAAUUUGUCAACCUGCUGAACUCCUUUAUGUACAACCUGCGCUACUUUUCCAUCAAAAUGUGGAACAUUUUCCUGCUCGAUUUUGUCAUAGAAUUAUCGAAGGAUAACCAGCACAACGUGGACAUUGGGAAUGUUCUCUUCCUCCUGAACAGGUGCUACAGGGUGUAUCUGCUGAGUGCCCCCCGGGCGGGGCCCAUCCACAUGGAUAGCGUGGCCUCAGUUGGAGCAACAGAUAGCGUUGGCGGUGUUGGCAACGAAAUGGCCAGGGAGAACGCGCGCGGAGAGCGCCUAGCCGAGGAGCCCACCGACGAUAUCCUCACGAGGGACGACCUACUCGACGAGAUGAACACAUGCGGCAAAGGGGUCCUAAAAAACAUCAUGCUGAAGCUUUUUACCAUCGUUUAUAACUUACUAGACACGAUAGAAGAGUUGAAUAAAGAUUUUAUGAAAAAUUUGGAGAAUGCUAUUUUUCACUUCAAUUGUCCUCUGUGUCUAAUUUACAUUAUUUUGAACAUCCUGAUUAAGAAGAAAAAGGAUAACGUAAGCGAAUUUAUUGACAAGCUAAAAUAUAAGAUUUGCUUUUUCUUUGAAAUUAUAGAAUCUGUUCCGCAUGACAUGAUUUUAUGCAACAUUUUAAUUACCUUCAUAUUUCUGAUGAAGCACUUUAAGAAAGGGGAGAUGAUGCCCUUUUUGACAACAGCUAGCCAAAAGCUAAAAAAAAUAUAUGACCAGGCAAUAAACAACGGGGCAGAUGACAACAACAGUAUCAUGGUAAGGAAUUGUAUCUACUUAACCCAAAGUGCUUUAUUAAUUGACAAAGGGGUAAACAUCAGAAACGAUUUAUUUUUAAGUAUAGAAAGGGAUUUAAAAAAUGGCAACACAUCAAUGAACAUCCUUAACAAUUUAAUCAUCCUGACUUACUACAUGAUCAUAAAUUUUGGAAGCUCCUGCAACAAAUUUGUAUACAUCCUGCUACGCUUUUUCAAGCACGAAAAUAGCUUUAUUCGUUAUUUGUCCUUUUAUAUGAUAUCCAAAUUAAUAUCUGAGGAUUAUGUAAAAUUUAGUAAUCAUUUUUUCUUUGCAUUUUUAUACCUUCUAGCGGAUAAGAACGAAACGAUACAGAAACAAUCUCUGUCCGUUUUUAAACAUAUACUUUUGAUAUACAACAAGGCAAAUCUAAUCAAUUACAUCAUUGAGUUCAUUUUUGUUCUGAACAACUUUUAUCAUUUCAAGCUCAGCAAGCAUUUGGCAAAUAUCGGUAACAGUUACGAAAUAAAAGACAAGAAGGAUCGGUACAUCAUAUAUCAUUUUCUGCUUGAAAAUUUAAACAAUAGUGAGAAGUUUUCGCUUCAACAGAAAUUGAUUAAUGAUUAUCUAAUACAGUAUGUGUAUAAUUAUGAUAAUUUUUACUUUUGCGAAGAAGAUAUAAAUGAGCACAAAAAUGGGAAGAAGAGAAAUGUGAUCCCCUUGAAUGAUGAAGAUAACGAAGGGGCCGUCCUACAAGAUGUCCUAAACAUUUUGUCAUCCAAAUUAAUGAAAAUUAAAAUAAAAAAAGAUUUUACCAAAUUGGAGGAAAAAAACAAAAAUCACAAAUUUAAAAAUGUGGAAAAUAGUGUUAAAGUUCUUAAUGAUUUAAUGAAAAAUAUUUUAAAAAAAAAUACCCUCCCAAUUUUGUUAUCCCUCAGGGCAAUUAUGCUUAAGGCAAAAUCUUUUUUCUACAAACAUAUAAACAAUUUAAUUAUUUACCUUUGUCUGGACUAUCGAGAUGCUCUAGAGGACCUCAUCCCCGAGAUGCACGUCAGAAAUGAGGUCGCCAACGAUUUGCAAAAUUUCAUCUAUGUAGACUUAAUACAAAUGCACACUGAUCAGGAUGACCCCUUCCGGAAGAACAACAAGGUCGUUAACAUCAAUGUGAACUUUCUGGAGCUGUCUCAGAACCAGGUCAUCGAGGAGAACCGGGAACGAGAACACCAGCUCGAGAUGGAGAAAAAAUCUGCCGCGGACUACCAGCACAGCGACAGUGAAGGUGAAAGUGAAAGUGAUUAUGACGAGGUCCACAAUGUGCUGCACGGGAUUCACGACGUUCCGGGGGGCUCCUCCAGAAAAAAGAGGGGGCGAGGUAGGCGCAAAUAA